AUGGAUUUCCUUCGUCGCGUCGGAGACGUUGUCGGGGACGCGUUGGUGGGUUCGGAUUCGGAUUCCGACGGUGAUUCGGACGACGUCGCGCGCGGCACGCGGCAAGGCGGUGGUGCCUCCGACGCUGGAGAAAUCUCUGGACCUGACGACGCUCACGAGGGCGACGAUGCGGACGAACUCGACGAGUUGAUGAACACUGCGUUUACUUUCGGUCGUUCGACGCUGGCAAAGUUAAAAGACGUGUCCAAGGGCGUCGGUAAGGAGCUGUCCGAGGGACUGAAGGAUAUCAAGGAACAAGUGCGGGAGGACUUUGCGACGUUCGGGGACGACGACGUGGACGAGGAUGAGGUCAGCGACAUUGAUGCGGAUACGACCGCUACAUCAUCGAACGGUAGAGUCGUGUAUACUGGAGAAGAUGUGAUGAUUCCCGGCGCCGGCGACGAGGAUGUGGGCGACGAGGACAUCGCGCUCGAAGUGCAGGAAAAAUUUGAGCAAGUUGGGGAAAAGAUUGAGCUUUUGGGACAAAAAAUGUUUGUAGGAGCAGGCAAGCUAAUCAAUCAAGUCAAAGAGACGACUCGAGACGCCAUCAAAGAGACGAAAGAAGUGAUCAAAGAGACUAGAGAUGCGUUUGCAGUGAAAGACUCGGGCAAGACACCGAAACGCGGGCGAGACGAGUUUGCAAUUCGUGUGCAAGCAAUUCAGCGAGAUUCGGGAACGUAUUGCGAUGAUCCAAAAAAUGUGAAACUGUUUGAGCAUUUCAGCGAAAGUUUUACGAUGGCAGGGCAUGGUCAGGAUAUAUUGACGACUUUGAAUGCGAACAACUUUAUGAAGGAACUUUUUGCGCGAAUCGUGCCUACAAUUGUAGACGAGGACACGUUCUGGCGUCGGUACUUCUUCAAAUUGUAUGAACUAGAAAUAGAAUUCGAGAAGCAGGCUCUCCCCGAUUUACCAGACGAUUCACCACAAGAAAACCUGCAACCGUCAAGCGCGGCCGUCACUGCGGUUUCGCACCAGCGAAUUUCGUCCCUCGCAACGGAUGAAGAGGGAUUUGAUUCCGACUCGAGUCUUGCAAAAGACGAGUGGACAAAACUUAAGCAGCCCUACGCCGCUGAGAAUAAAGAAACUGAAGAAAGUGCCGUCGCAAGUCUCGGCGAGACUGGUUCAAACGACGAUAGUGACGACGACGAAGACUGGGGCAUGACAUGA